AUGGACGGCUCCGCCUCCAAGGGCAAGCGCAAGCGCGGCCGCAAGAGCAAGGCGGCAGCGGACCACCCCUCGCCGUCCUCCACGCCCCAGCGCGGGGACGCGAAGCACCUGGCGAACGGUGGGGACGCGGCGAUGGCGGAGCUGGGCCCCGCGGGCUGGGAGGAGGUCGUCAGGGUGGUGCCGUCCAUGGACGCGGUCGUCAAGGUGUUCUGCGUGCACACCGAGCCCAACUUCUCGCUGCCGUGGCAGCGGAAGCGGCAGUACAGCUCCAGCAGCAGCGGCUUCAUCAUCGGCGGCCGGCGCGUCCUCACCAACGCCCACUCUGUCGAGCACUUCACCCAGGUCAAGCUUAAGAAGCGCGGGUCCGACACCAAGUACCUCGCCACCGUCCUCGCCAUAGGCACCGAGUGCGACAUUGCCUUGUUAACUGUCAGUGAUGAUGAGUUCUGGGAGGGAGUUACACCAGUUGAGUUUGGGUCGUUGCCAGCACUUCAGGAUGCAGUCACUGUUGUUGGUUAUCCAAUUGGAGGAGAUACAAUAUCAGUGACAAGUGGUGUGGUCUCUAGGAUAGAGAUACUGUCCUAUGUGCAUGGUUCUACCGAACUUUUAGGGUUGCAGAUAGAUGCAGCUAUUAAUUCAGGAAAUUCAGGUGGCCCAGCUUUUAAUGAUAGGGGCAUAUGUGUUGGCAUAGCUUUUCAGUCUCUCAAACAUGAAGAUGUAGAGAAUAUAGGUUAUGUGAUACCCACCCCAGUUAUCAAGCAUUUUAUUCAAGACUAUGAAAAAUCUGGAGCAUAUACAGGCUUCCCUAUAAUUGGGAUAGAAUGGCAGAAAAUGGAAAAUCCCGAUCUCCGGAAAGCAAUGGGAAUGAAACCUGAUCAAAAGGGUGUUCGUGUUAGGAGAGUGGAACCUACUGCUCCCGAGUCUGGAUGUCUGCAACCGUCAGAUAUUAUUCUUAGCUUUGAUGGAGUUGACAUUGCCAAUGAUGGUACAGUUCCUUUCAGGCAUGGCGAGCGAAUUGGCUUUAGUUACCUUGUUUCUCAGAAAUAUACCGGUGACAAAGCCCUUAUCAAAGUCCUGCGCAACUCAAAAGUUCAUGAAUUUAAAAUAAAGCUAGCGACCCACAAGCGGCUCAUUGCAGCUCAUGUCAAGGGCAGGCCACCAUCAUAUUACAUUGUUGCUGGCUUUGUUUUUGCAGCUGUCUCUGUUCCAUAUCUCCGUUCUGAGUAUGGGAAAGACUACGAAUAUGAUGCACCUGUCAAGUUGUUGGUCAAGCAUUUGCAUUCAAUGGCGGAAUCACCUGAUGAACAGCUGGUGGUUGUAUCACAGGUGCUUGUGGCAGAUAUCAAUAUCGGUUAUGAAGAUAUUGUCAAUACGCAGGUCCUUGCCGUUAAUGGUCAUCCUGUGAAAAAUCUGAAGGACUUAGUGACAACAGUGGAAAAUUGCAAGGAUGAAUUCUUGAAGUUUGAUUUGGAGUAUGACCAGAUCGUUGUCCUGGAGACAAAAACCGCGAAGGCUGCUACCGAAGACAUUCUGACAACGCACUGCAUCCCGUCGGCCAUGUCUGAUGACCUGAAGGCCUAA